AUGAAUAAAGCUGUAAAACGUCGUCGAAAAUCCGAGAAGACUGAAGAGAAUAUUAGGAGUGAAGAGAUAGAUAGUGGUGUAUCUAUGAAUGUUCAAACUUCUAUAAUGUCGGAUUUAAUUGGUGAUGUUGAUACAGGAAAUUCAGAAACAAAAAAGAAAGUCAAUAAGUCUGCAUGGACCACAAAUCAAAGAGUUCAAUUAUUUGAAUCAAUUAUUAAACGACUACCAGCACCUUUAGAUUGGAAAGAGAUUGCUGAAGAUGUUGACGGAAAAUCUUCUACACAAUGUUAUGAUCAAUGGCGCAAAAGAAUGUUAUCAGAUUUAAAGAAGUCUGUUGCUUCUGAGUGA